GUUAUGCUCGUUCCUCUUUUCAACUGUGUUGUAAAUUGCUGUGUGCUGCUUUGUAGGUUGUUUCUGUUCCUUUAGUAUGCCUUACAGUAGGCCCAAGGCCUUGGGUUUGAUGUGAUCUGUCCCAGUCUAACCCAGUGUGUUGGACUAAGGUCAUCUCAGUUAAAACAGAUGUGAUUUGCAUGAUGCUUCUGUGAGUCUGGAACCUGUUCCAUGGCUACUGCUGCAUCUCUGCUGAGCAGGUGUCUACAGUGUUGUCUUGGAGCAGGCACCUUGAAUACCACGCCUGGUACAUGUAUUCAGUGCAUGGUCCAUUACUCUCUUGGUUCCUCUGUGCAUAUGAUGCCUAAGGAAAUAUAGACCUGUCCUUUAUCCCCCUGAGUCAAAGCUGUCCUCAGCUCUACCCAGAGGAAUGUCCUUGUUUUCAUUGCACUUCCAUGUCUGUUACAGCAGAGCCUGGGUUGCAGAGACCCGCUCUCCGGUGUUUAGCACUCUUGUCGUGCUAAACACACCUAAACACUGUGUCUGCCAGCUGGUGGUUUCCAGGCCCCUCCUGUGAGCCUGUGCCCUGGGAGACAGGACUGUGCGCCUGGGUGGAGGGAGCUCCAUCUCCCCUUGUGGCCCGGGUGCCGCUAGAUGGGGCCCUUGAUCCAGCCCCAGGAGCGCUGCCUGGCACGGGCUGAGCCCCGGGCUCCGGGCGGCCUCCAUCCAGCCCUAAAAUCCUCAGCCUCUGAGAAACAAGAGUGGGCAGACAGGGCUGGCUGCUGCACGGUGCUUCCCGUGGUACGGGAAAGUCCUGCUGGUGUCUGAGCUCCUCCUAGGAAGGCAGGAAUAGAGCUGAAAACACAGGUCCCUUGGAGCCAAAGCAGCUGGAGCCAGAGCUCAGGAGAAUUGUUGUGGACAGGGCCCAACGUGGUGCAGCGUGAAGGCUACCUCCUCACCACAGCCAGAAGAAAUAAAACACCCAGGUGCCCUGUGCCAGCAGUUCUGUGGAAAGAAGGAGCAUCCAAGACACUUGUGUUGGCAGGUGUUGAUAGGGAGCAUGGGCUCAUCCACAGGAGCAGGGAAGGGCUUGUUUAUGAUCUUCACCUCUCAGUCUCGAUGCAGUGUUUUCUGCUUUGCUCUCCAGGAGAAGUGGCAACAUGCCAUCAGAGCUUGAAUUCAGAUUCUUGAGGCAUCCCAGCUUAAAUGCAGUUGCUGUUAAAGCUUUUGAGAGGAGAAUAAAGGCACAGCGGUUGUGUGCAGACACAGACACUGCCAGAAACAGCCAGCCUGAAUAAGGUUCAAGCCAUUUCCACCCUUCUGUUUUACACAAGCUGACCAUAUGAGAUGCGAUAAUGAGAGUGAGAGUCUUCCAAAGUCUGAGAUCUGGCUUGGGGUAUGCUUAAGACAUGCCAAUGUCAGGACUGCUGGUGACAGGUACUUUGUACUGUGCUCUUUACCACCUGCUUGGCAGUCACUGACUGAGUUCCCCUCAGCUGCAGGAUGUGUGUCUAUAGAUUUGUUUCCUAUAAAUUUCAGAGACUAUUUUUGCCAUUUCUACCUUUCUGGGUGAGCAAAGGACAGCAAACUCCUCCUUUCCCUAUUCUGUUUGGGAGAUGUGGGCAAUUUACCAAAUAUAAGUAUGGAUGGGCAGUACCUAAAAGCAACCAUGUGCCAAAAUAAAUAUCAGUAGGAUGUGAACUCUCCAUGUUAGGGGUGGGACAGAGUCAUGGGUUAAUCAGACUGGUGGGAUGAGGUAUGUGUGCCAAACACAUCAUAAACAAGUUAUGCUGCUGUUAGUGAGACAUGUCAUUUUAAAAAUUCUAGGUUAGCUCUAAGCUGCUUCAGGCUGUGUCUUUUAGAGAAGGUACACGAGCAGUUCAGUGGUACAUGUGGCCCUUAAAGAUCCCUGAUCACUCUUCAUCACUAAGGUGUUGACACAGGCUUCCCAGCUCAGCAAGCUCAGUUAAUUAUUGUGCUUCCUGAAAUGUCUGCUGCAAGAUGGAGAUGUAUUUAGGGUGGUUCUGUUUGUUGUGAAACAGAGAUCCCAUAGAAUGCAGGUUGAUUCUUGUGUUGCUUGUAAUGUGCUUUAAAAGUCUUCAGUUUUAAAAGUACAAUGGAAAUAGAUGGUAUUAAAUAAUAUGUGGUAUUAAUCAUGACAUCUGUGGCACGUAUCCUGUAAUGAGGCAGCACAGAAAGGAUAUAUCUGGCCGAAAUGAAGCUCUGAAGACCUGGGGUGUGUGCUGUGCGUUUUUUGUCAUAGGGAUGUCAUUACAGAUUAGGGUUUGUUUUUUUUUUUCUUCUGCUUCAAACAUCAGACAUGCACAGAAAUAACAAUGUUCCCAUACUUUAUUUUCAGACAUCUCACAGGCAAGUUGUAGGACUGAGUCACGAUUUGUGGGGCAGUAAGGCCCAUGGAGUUUAUCCAGUUCUCUUAAACCACUGUCAUACUGCUCGGAAAAAGAUCUUCUCUAAUUGCAGCCUAUGCCUUGACUGUUAGGGACUUGUGAUGUAAAACCAAAAGAAAGUUUGGAGGAGCAGUCAAAACUAAAUGAUUUGCUCUUUUGCACUUCUUUAAGGAAAUGUGAACGUGGACAUUGUGUGUGCGGUCUCAGGUUCCUGUAGCAGUCUCAGCUCAGCUGUGCAGGUGUAUGUUGCAGCAGAACGCUUGUUAAAUUUCUGGGAGGCAGGAGGCAUGCCCUGGCCCUGCUGCUAACCUGCUUGGCUGGGGCGACAGCGUUCCCUCUCUUCUCUCUGGGCUGUUUGUAAGAUGGGAUAUCAUGUACCAGACUUGCACCGAAAGGGAAUUUUUCUCUCCAGCCUAACCCCAAGUGACCCUAGAAACCUUGUUGACCUCACAGACUGAGAGACUGACUUGGAGUCAAAGCUUCCUUGCUUAAUUUGGGGCUACUCGGACAUUUUACUCUGCUGUAGAGGCUGGUUGGAAGUUGAUGAGAGGGGUGUACCUCUGAAACCUGUAGCUGUUAGUUCCCUGGUAGCCAAGGCUCUUUUGUCAUGCUCUGUCUCUUCCCAUUGCUUGUCUCCAUGUCACAGAGUGACCAUGUAACCUGACUGUUGUGGUUCGCGUGGGCCUUGCUGGCGUGACUGCCAGUGAGGUAGGAAUGGUGCUCGUUGGCAUGAAGUGAACAUGCAUGCGUUUCUCUUGUCUUCACAGCUGCAGCCUCGGCUAAAGAAGUCUGAGAGCUGCCAGUGGUGGUGAGGAUAAUGGACUGUGUCCUAUAGCAACAUGGCCUUCUGCCUAGCAGUGUGGUAUCUGGUAAGUGCUGCAGGAGGACAGUGAGGAGAGACUGAGUCCAGGGCAAGACCAGCUGUAGAGGAAGAACUCAAGGCAGUACCAAGGGAGGAGGGCAUGUCUCCCACCAGGAAACUCUGAUGGGAGGAGGAAGGGAAGGCCAGGGUGAGGUGAGGUGAGGCUGGCAGCAGGAGUGGAAAUGUUGUGUUGAAUCUCCAGCCCUGGUUCUCUUGCAUUCCUUAUGCCUCUCAGCACCAGCUCAAGGACAGGCAGGGAUUGUACCUAAAGCUGUGCGUCUUGUCCACCCCAAGCAUCUACCCUGCGGCGGAAUAGAGUACUGAGUCCUGUUGCCUGCUCAUCGCCUUCUGGCUCAGCCCUUUCAAGAACGCUGUGAAACCAGUGAGGAGACCUCACCUGUGACGAUGGCUGAAAGCUGUUUUUGUAGCCCUUGACUGGUAGGAAUCCUGGAGGUGGUGGCUCAGCCUGGGGAGCAGGGUAGACUGGCAGCAUGGUGAUACCUGGCACUGCCAUCACCUCCCUGCUUGGAUGCCAAAGGCAGAGCAGAGGUUGAGGUGUUUGUCCUGGUCCUUGAGGGAGUAUCUCAGAAGCUGCACCUCGAUUUUAUCUUUGAAUCUGAGGUAGAGACAAAAGCUGCUUGGAGUGUUGGGGGGACUAACUGGUUAACAGCUAUUCAAAGGUGCAGACUAAGAGCUAAUUGUUCACUGUGCAGUGGGGCCUGAAUCUCAUCCCAAACUACAUCUCUCCAUGCCUGCCAAAGUUUUUCUGCUACUACACAGAUGGAUGUGUUUUCAGCAAAGGCUUCCAUGUGGAAGAUUUAAAAAAAAAAAAAAAAAAAAAAAAAGAAAAAACACAACUCUUAACUGGCUUGAAAUCAUGCUGCCAGGGGGAAUGUUUACAAGGAAGCAGCCUGAUAAACAAACAAGGAAACUUGGCAGCCUCAGGAAGUUGGGUUGGACUGAAAAAGUAACAGACUGAUGUGAAAUUUGUCUGAGUCACUGACUCUGCAUCUCCACUAGUUCUUUCAGGGAACUGUUCUUGGAGGAAGACAGAGCACACUGCAGCUGAGAGUGGAGAGCUGCCCUUUCUGGUCACCACGAAUUUCAGAUCUCCUCCCCUAGCCUCUCCCAGUCUUUUGUACUUUCUGUACUAAUCUAUCCAGUGCAGCAUAAACUGACAGAGGCAGCAGCUAGAAACCCUGCUCUGGAAGCUCUCUUAAAAGCCUCAAAAUCUGCAGCAGAGAUGAACAUGAAAACUGUGCUCAUCCUCCUCGUUCUGGCUUUGGCCACGAUAUUCGCCCUGGUCUGUGUGCUGCUGACCAGGGGAAGGGCUCCCAGCAUCUGCCAGCACCAGCGCCCGGAGCAGGAGGACACUGACGACGGCCAGAGCCUGGUUUUUGCUGAUCUGAGCCCAGAAGAAAUGGUCCAGGUGGUGCGGUACCUGCAGGAAAACCUCGGGGUGCCGCUGGUGGACGCCUCGCGUGCUUUGCCCUCCGACAACUGCAUCUCCUCGGUCGACGUGCAGGUCCCCGCCAAGGCGGAGGUGCUGCGGUUCCUGGACGGCGGGGGGCCCCGCCCCGCGCGGGAGGCGCUGGCCGUCCUGUACUUGGGUAACCAGCCGGACCCCAACAUCACCGAGUACGUGGUGGGUCCGCUGCCGACGCCGACCUACCACUGGGACGUCACGGUGCAGAAGUACGGGGGGAAGGUGCCGUACCACCGCAGACCGACGCUGGCUGUUGAAUACAAACAGAUUGCAGGGUUUUUAAGGAGUCAAGUGUUCCCCACAGCUCCAUCUUUCAUGCACCAAGUAAUUGAAUAUGAUGAAACCAAUUUAGCAUCCUUGACAACAGCUCCCCGUGGCUUCCAGUCUGGAGAUCGGAGCACCUGGUUCGUUCUGUUUCAGAACGUGAGCGGGUUCUUCCUGCACCCGCUGGGGCUGGAGGUGCUGGUGGACCACAGCAGCCUGGACAUCUCCCAGUGGGCGGUGAGCAGAGUCUUCUACAACGGGCAGUACUACAGGGACAUGGCGCAGCUGGAGAGCGCCUAUGUGCAGGGCCGCCUCGGCGUGGAGAAGGUGAAGAAAGCCGCGUGGGACGGGGACUUCUCAUCCAUGCAGCCGCGAGCCCCUCCUGCCGCAGUGUUUCCUGUGCAGUAUGAGCCCCAGGGUCCCCGCUACAGCGUCAGGAACAACCACGUCCUCUUCCAGGCCUGGAGCUUUGCCUUUGGGAUGAGUGUGAACACGGGCAUGCGCCUGUUUGACAUCAGGUAUCGGGGGGAGAGGAUUGCCUAUGAGAUCAGCGUUCAAGAGGCCUUGUCAGUGUAUGGCUCCAACUGUCCUGGGGGGAUGUCGACGAGGUACAUGGACGGGAGCUUUGGCAUCGGACGCUUCAGUUCUCCCUUGGUGCGAGGCGUUGACUGCCCCUAUUCAGCAACUUACGUGGAUGUGCACUACCUUGCUCAGUCCCAGGUCUCCAGAACUAGUAAAAACGCCCUGUGCGUUUUUGAGCAGAACCUGGGCUCCCCUCUGAGGCGCCACUACUCCAACUUGCAGUCCUUCUACUAUGGGGGACUGGUCAACUCUGCUCUGAUUGUUCGGUCCAUUGUAGCUUUGGGCAACUACGACUACGUGUGGGACUUCAUCUUCUACCAGAAUGGGGCCAUUGAAGCCAAAGUCCAAGCCACGGGGUACGUGAGCUCGUCCUUCCUCCAUGGGGACGGUCUGAGAUACGGCAAUAGGGUUUGGGAGCACACGCUGGGCACGAUACACACCCAUUUCAUCAACUAUAAAGUGGACUUGGAUGUGGGAGGUAGGUCUGGGGUCUUGUCAUCCUUAAUGCGUGUCACUUUAUUGAUAAACUGCAGAGCUGUGGGAGGGGAUUGGCCUCCUAGUCUGUAGAGCCCCUCAUAAUUGUCAUCAGAACCCUGCUUUUUCCCUCUCCUAAUCUCCUCCUUCACUGCAAAAUUACUCUUCUACACAUCAGAUAGUCUGUCAAAGGCACCGAGUUGAAGGCAAUGGGAUUUGUCCAGGAGGUCUUUACUCAGCCCAGGGAAAGUAUGAAAGGUAGCAGCUGAAAAACAUUUGUGUUUCCUUGAGGCCUCACAGCUGGCACUAUGUGUGUUGCCAGAAGCAUGGCCAGGCAGACGGGGCAGAGACAGCCCUGUCUGCAGGACUGGAUGAGUGAGCCUGCGCUUGCUAGGUCUGGUGCUGGUCCUGGCGCACUCUCCUUGUAACUUGGGAAAGUCCUUUCUUGUGUCUCAAUGGCCCCAUGUAAAGCAGGGCAGCCGAACUGUUGUGCUCUAGGGCUGAACUUGUGCAGCUCUGUUCCUGCUUCUCUUUUGUGGAAACACUUGUAACUUGGAUCCUGAGGCUCGGACUGCAAAGCCACUGCAGCGAGCCAGUGAAUUUCCCCUGCUGCUACACACAGUCGUGUCUUCUGGCAGCGGCUCCCUGCAGAAGGGCUGUGUCGUGGACCAGCCUCCGCUGUCUUCUGGCAGCGGCUCCC